GACGAUGACGAGGCAUCUUUCGCUUCCUUCAGUGAGGCGGAAGUUGACCAUGUUGUUGUGGUAGACGCUGUAACCCCGACCCGGCUCUAUCAGGACGGGGACACUGGUGUCGCUCCCCAACAUGAUGACAUUGAAGAUGGAGAUGGAGAGGAGGACCUUCCUGAUGAUGACGACGAAGAAAAAGAGGACGAUGGGGCGCAGAGCGAGAAGGAAGAAGUGGACUACAGACAUCCAGACCGAAGGGGCCCGUCACGGUCUUUGCAAACAGGCGCUACCAAGCCUGCUCAGCACAUGUCACCGACCAAUGGCCUGGCGUAUACAACUGGCGCAUCCCGGAGCAACAUGUUCAGGCUGCAGGUUGAUGAGCUUCUGCAGCAGAUCCGGCCGCGUCGAGGCAAGCGCGAAGACGCCGCCGAGAAAGCCUUACACGCUCUCAAAGCAGCUCUGGACGAGAGUACUGCGAAGCCUGCGCUAUCAAUAGACGAGGCGGAGCGUGAGCUACUUCGCAACAAGAUCGCCAUACCAUUUCCACAGCCGCGGCCGCCAGACGAUGCCAAAUACAAGCUCGAAUUCGCAAAGCCGGCAAACGUCAACGUGGUGGGCAGCUAUGCUAUGCAGACGAUUAGCCGGUCCCGCGAUGACCUUGUGAUUGACAUGACUGUUGCGAUGCCUUCGUCACUGUUUCAUGAGAAGGAUUACCUCAACUACCGGUAUUUCUACAAGCGAGCUUAUUACCUGGCGUGUCUCGCAUCUACGCUGAGGGAAGCCGCAACGCCGUGUAAUGUGCGCUUCGACGACUUUCAUGGUGACCCGCUCAAGCCGAUACUGGUCAUCUCGAAGUCGGUGAAGUCCAUAGUCAGUGAAGAGCUAAAGCCGUCCCCGAAAUGGCGAAUCAACAUCAUUCCGUGCACCGACUCUGUAGUUUUCCCGGCGGAGAAGCUUACAUCGGAGAAAAACUGUGUUCGACCUACCCAUAACGCAAAGCCGGAGCCCACGCCUUUCUACAACAGCUCGCUGCGGGCGGAUAUGCUCAUGCUGUCGUACCUCAGACUCUUGCAUGGUGCAGAGACUAGCUGCGCGGCCUUCAAAGACGCUUGUCUUCUGGGCAGCACCUGGCUACGGCAGCGUGGCUUUGGCUCACACAUCGCAGGUGGCGGCUUUGGACACUUCGAGUGGGCUACGUUUGUAGCACUAUUACUGCAAGGAGGCGGUCCGAACGGCAAGUCAAUCUUAAGUGAGGGCUAUAGCAGCUACCAGCUGUUCAAGGGUACGCUGCAAGUCCUUGCUGUGCGCGAUCUGGGCAAGCAGCCUAUAGUGGUUGGCUCUGGUACCUUCAAGUCGGUUGCUAAUGGCUCGCCCAUGCUUUGGGACUCUGCUAGAGUUCACAAUGUACUCUAUAAAGUCGCACCCUGGGGCUAUGCUCGGUUGAGGCAAGAUGCGAAGACUACAAUCGCCAUGCUUGGUGAUCAGCUCUUCGACGGCUUUGACGCCACCUUUGUCCUCCGUACCGAUGAUGCCCUCAUGCGGUUCGAUUGCGUGGUUAGUGUGCCAGCUUCUGCUCUCACGGUUGUAGACGAUGGCAGGCCGGCCUAUCGUACGCUCUACGACGUUCUGAGCCGCGGUCUUGGUGAUCGUGUUAGUCAGAUCAGUAUCCGGCCUCCUGAAUCCGGCGCGUGGGAUGUAGACUCUUCACGGCCACGAGACCAUGUGCAAGCGUCUGUUAUCAUUGGGCUCAUUUACGACCCGGACACUGUCAAUCGAACCGUCGACCACGGCCCAUCGGCAGAAAGCAAAGCAGAGGCAGCAUCCUUCCGCAAGUUCUGGGGUGAGAAGGCUGAGAUGCGCAGGUUCAAAGAUGGGUCGAUCCUUGAGAGUCUUGUCUGGGGUGCAAGCGGCAAGACCAUUGUGGAGCAAAUUGUUCGGUACCUACUGGAGCGGCACUUCAGCGACCGGGUUGAACGGGAAGCCACUUUUUUUGGUGGGGGUUUCAAUCGGCUAUUGAGAGGUAGCCUCAGCGUCUCGGCUUUCCAACCAAUCAUGGAUUCGUUCAAACAGCUCGAGACUGACAUUCGGGGUUUGGAUGGCUUGCCUUUGUCCAUAAGACAGAUCAUGCCUGCUUCCGCUCAGCUACGGUACGCCACAAUCCAGCCUUCGGCUGGCGUUGCGAAUGGACGACAAUCUAUUCCGGCAGACGUCACGAUUCAAUUUGAAGGCUCUGUGAGGUGGCCUGACGACUUGGUUGCGAUCCAGCGGACGAAACUCGCUUUCUUACUCAAGCUUUCUGAGCUGCUGCAGGAGGCUCAUGAUCAACCUAAAACUCGGAUAGGCCUUGAGAACCAUGAGCAAGAUAUCUUUAACCAGGCCUACCUUGACAUCAUGUACGAAUCCGGAACAAGCUUCCGCAUGCGAGUCUACCAUGACCGAGAGCAGACCCUUCUUGAGCGGCAGAUGAGAGACAAGUCGCUCGCGCCAUCAGCGAAAGAGGCCGCGGCGCUGGGGCUCGCAGCUUACAAGCGCCUCUACCUCAAAGCUCCACCGCAUACGCAAGCGGUUGCUCGUCUUUGCAGCCGCUAUCCUGCGCUUAGUGGUACCAUUCGCUUGUUGAAGAAGUGGUUCGCUUCACACCUGCUCGCAAAUCACGUUGGCGAAGAGGUCAUUGAGCUCAUGGCUGCACGUAUUUUCGUUCAGCCUUGGCCGUGGCAAACACCUUCCUCAGUUCAGACAGGCUUUCUGCGGACGCUGCAUUGGCUUGCACGGUGGGAUUGGCGGACGGACCCGCUAAUUGUAGACCUGAGCGGGAGUGGCGAGCUUAGGAUACCCGAUGUCGAUGCUAUCAAGACGCGGUUCGAGGCGUGGAGGAAGCUAGAUCCGAGUCUGACCCGAAUCGUGCUGUUUGCUGCGUCGAACAUCGACAAAGAGGGCACGACGUGGUCUGAUGGGCGACCGCAGAAGGUCGUUGCUAGACGUAUGACGGCCUUGGCCAAGGCUGCGUGUGCAGAGGUCGAACAGAAUGGCCUUCAAGUGGAUCCAGCGAGUCUCUUCUCGUCACCAGUCAGUGACUUCGAUUUUGUACUGCACCUCCACCCAAGCAUGACGGGCGGAAAGCGGAGCAAAGACGCCGCUAGGUACAAGAACCUGGAACUGGCGGCGUUAAGCGACCAGACUUUGGUUGGCUUUGAACCUACGCAAUCGUUGCUGGAAGAGCUGGAGUCGUUGUAUGGCUCGGCACUACUGUUCUUCUCGGGAAGCAGUGAGCGGCCUGUCAUUGCUGGCUUGUGGAGCCCGCAGACGGCACCGCGGGCGUGGAAGGUCAAUCUAGCGUACUCUACAAUACCACACAAGAAGUCGAAAACGCAGGAAGUGCAAGCCGUGGUAAACAGGGAGGCUAUGCUGGCGGAGAUUGCGCGAGUUGGCAGAGACCUUGUCGGAAGGGUCGAAAUCAAUGAUCGCUGA